AUGAAAUAGGAAUAUUUAAAUAAAAUAGUAGAUGAGAUAGAUUAAAAUGAUUUAGAAGAAGAUUAAAGUAAAAAAAAUUAACAAUUAUGGGUAGAUAAAUACAUGCCGAAAAGAUUCGAUGAACUUCUUAGUAAUGACAAAAUUAAUAGAGAAGCCCUUUGUUGGUUAAAAUCUUGGGAUCCUAUAUUGUUCUUCUAUGAUCUUAAUGAUGAAUAUAGUCUCUAGAAAAUGCAAAACAGUGUUAUUUUAUUAGCCGGACCUCCCGGUUCUGGUAAAACGACUUUGGCAAGAAAUAUUGCAAAACAUUGUGGAUAUAAAACAAUUGAAAUUAAUGCUAGUGAAGAUAGAACAGCAAGUAAAUUAAUUGAACGAAUAUAAAUAAUGACAUAGAAUGAAACGUUGAAAUUUUCAAAUUAAGAAAAUAUUGAAAAUAGUAAGCCUUCUUUAAUUAUUUUAGAUGAAGUUGAUGGUGCUUUAGAAUCUGAAAGUCAUGGAGCUGUUGACUAUUUAUAAAAAGAAUGUUUUUUAGAAAAAGAAUGGUUAAAAGGAUGA